AUGGCAACAAAUAAUAUUAAAUUAAUUUCUCCUGAUUCGAAACUUUUACAAUAUACACAAAUUGAAUUAAAAGAUCCAACUGAUGCUUAUCUUGAAUCAUGUUUUGCUGCUAUACAACAAAAUCGUUAUACAAUCGAAUCAAAUACACUUGUACAAAUAGGACAAACAAAUAAGAAAUCGAAAGAUCAUAUAUCUCAUGCACUUCUCUAUGGAAUAUUAACAGAUAUAAAUAAUAAAGCAAAAUGUUUUCAAGAUUUAAUUGCACUUAAUGGUACAAAUCUUUCGUCAAUAAUAGGUACACUUGAAACAUUAAUUAUGAAAAAUUGGCGUCGAAUUUAUGAUAAUGUUCGUCAACAAUUAAUAUGGUUUCUUCGUGAAACAUUAGCAGCUAAUAUUGAUGGUAUUGAUCGUCUUUAUUAUGUUUUCCUACGACAAAUCAAUCCACAUGAACAAUGUUUAGAUUUAUGUGAAACAAUUAUUGAAUUACUUUUAAUUCAUCCAUUAUUUUUAAAAACAUAUCCUGAAAUGAAAUUGUUAACAAUUUAUACAUUUCUUUCCAUAUUUCCUAUUUAUAUACGUCGUAAAUCACAACAACAACAACGACAAAUUGAUUUUAUAAUAAAUUUAACACGUGAAAAUAUUCAUUGUCUUGGCCGAGAUGGUAUACGUGUAUUAAUACAAUUAGGACAUGUACGUGAAAUUGAUGCGUUUUUAAAACAUUUAUCAUUAAAUACAUCAAAUGAUUAUUUACCUAAAAUUCUUUCAUUAGAAACAGAACCAAAAUAUCUUGCUUUACCAUUAUCAUUUGAUUUAGAACGACAUUUACAAUUUCUUCUUGAUAAUUGUCGUAUAAAUAGUCAAGAAAAAUAUUAUUUUGAAUGGUUUCAAAGUCAAUAUUUAAAUUUUAAACAACAUCCGGAUAGUAUUUAUUUAUGUUCACAUAUUAUUCGUUAUGUAUGUGUUGUUUGUCGAAAUCAAUUGAAUCCACAAAAAAUAACACGUUGGACAUUUAUAUCAUGGUUAUUAACACAAUUAUAUAAUUAUCAACAAACAUUACAUCAAACAUUAAUAUCAGCAAGUCAAACAGCAAUGAAUGCAGCUGCAUUUCUAUCAUCAUCAUCACCACAAUUAAUACAAAUUAAUGAACAAAUUAUUCAAUGUCGUUUAGCUAUUUAUUAUGAUUGGUUUUUAUUUGAUAUUAAUAAUUUACAACAAAUGACAAAUGAAUUUGAUACACAAUUAAAUUCAACAAUUGUUGGUUAUCAUUUAUUAACUAUAUCAUAUCAUCAGGCUAAACAAAUGUUAUUAUUUCUUUUAUAUACAUCAGAAAAUUUAAUAGUAUCAUUAAAAUCAUUCCUACAACAAAAUAUUGCAAGAUUAUUUAUGGAAUUAUUUCAACGUAUACCGAUUUUAAAUUCACAACAAUUAUUACAAAUGUUUACACAUGAUAGAGAUACAUAUCAACGUUUAUUAACAACAUUUUUUUCAUUGCCAAUGUCAACUACAGCAAUUUCUCCUGACAAUGAUGAUAUAAUGAUAAUUAACGAUGAUAUUAGUCCAAAUGCUGCUAUGCCAGCAACAGACGAUGAAGUACCAUCUGAUAUAAUGAUAAUGUCCUCAAAUACUGCAGCUACACCACGUUUUUCAGAUGAUGAAGAUGAUGAUGAUGAUUAUGAAAAUCGUUUAAGUUCACAUAAAAGUUUAGAUCAAGAUUAUGAUGAUGAUGAUGAUGUUUUAAUGAUUAGUGAUGAAACAAAAACAUCAACUGAUAUAUAUAAUACAAAUAUAAUACGUUCAAAUUUUCCAUUUGAUCGAUUUCGUUCAUAUAUAAAUGAACAUAUUCAACAAUUAUCUUUAUCUUAUUCGGCAUCAACAAAUCGAAAUAAAUCUUCUUUACUUAUACAAAUAUGUAAACAAAUUGCUUCAACAUUAAGUGAUAAACGUCUACUUACAUUUCAAACACAAGCAAUUGAUCCAGCUGGACCAAUUACUUCCUAUGCAAUGAUAAAAUUUGAAAAGACGAGUGAGAAAUUUCAAUCACGUUUAUUAACUACAUUUGAUGAACAAACAAUUGUUAAUGGUCUCCUAUGUUUAUGGUUAUUACGAGAUUCAUUUCCAAAUCGUUUAUUACCAUCACUAAGAAUAUCACAAACAAAUAAAACAAAUUCAAUGUUAGAAAAUAAUUUUCGUGAAAUUCCACAACAAAAAUUAAAACGUUCAAUAAAACAAUUAUCUAUAUGUGUCUUAUUUCGUUUAAUUAAAGAUGAUAUACCCAAUCAAGAUGUUUAUAUAAAACUUAUACAAUCUAUGUAUUUCUUUCAACCAGAAAUAGCCUACAUAUUUCUUUAUUAUUUAUCAAUUGAUAUUGAUGAUGUAAAAAUGGCAGCAGAUAUUUUUGAAAAAUUUGCAAAGGAUAUUAUUAAAUUAAGUACAGAUCAUAGAAAAACCGCUAUGCCACCUGCUAAAAUACCAACAUAUGAUCAAGAUUUUAUUGAUUUCAUUCUUGAAAUUUUAACACAUUGUGAACAAGAUGAUACUGAAACAUUUUUGUAUUUAUUUUCCUAUAUGUAUCGUCUUUAUUCGAAAAAAUUCUUAAAUAAUUUUAAAUUAAUUCGUCUUCUUCUACAUACAAUCAAUCAAUUUGAAUUAGAACAAUUUAUGUUAGAUAUUCUUAAACAUCGUUUACAAUUAUUUAAUUCUCAUAAACUUUAUUCUAUAGUUGAUCAAACAUUAUUAUUUUCUCAAAUUGAACAAGAAGAUUUUUGGAAAUUAUUAGGUGCACAUGAUUUUGUACAAAAUGAUUAUGAACAAUUAUUUACAAAUAUAAUUGAACAUUUACUUAAUCAAUCAAAAUCUGUUAUUGGUGAACAACGUUUAGCUAAAUCAAUUCAUUAUACAACCUAUCGUAAUACAAUAGCAUUAGCAAAUGUUUAUGAUAUAUUAAAAACAAAAAUUCCAACCUAUGGUCUUAUUUGUUGUUUAUUUGCACAUGAAUUAACCAAACAUUUUUCAGAAAAACUUUGUCUUUUAUGGCAUGAAAAACAUCAUGACAUAUUUUGGCGUUAUCUUGAACGUAUAUUACAAAAAUGGAUUCAACGUGAAAAUGAUCAAACAAAACAAAAAAUUGAUUAUAAAAUUGGUACAAUUAAAAUGGCAAAUGAAAAUGGUUUAAAAUUUAUUCUACAACAUUUACAAAUUCUAUUAGAAAAUAAUUCAAUUCAUAUACAAGAAAAUAAAAUUGAUCAAGAUGAUUUACAUGAUCAAUUAACUAUUGAUGAAAAUUUAAUGAAUAUUCCAUUAUCAGUAUCAACGAUUAAAUCAUUAAUUGAUUGUAUUCAUAAAAAUGAACAAUUGUAUAUGGAAAAUAAAACAUUUAUUGAUCGAUUAGAAAAUGGUAAUUCAGUUGUACCACCACCAUUACCAACAGCACCCGCAGCAGCAACAACAACAACAACAACAUCAGCAUCUAUUAAACGACGAAAACUAGACAAUAAUAAAUCCUAG